AUGUACAAGGGUGUAUGGGAAUAAAGGGUGUCUAUGUAUCAUUACUCUUCUGUUUAUUCUUCUUUUAGGGCAUUUCUAGUCAAAUGCUUCUGAAUGCUGCUCUUCACCCAACACUUUUCGAUCGCGCCCUGCAGCGUUGCCUAAAUUACCUCUGCGCAAGUUAAGUCACGCAGUGUGUCUUAACUUGCGCACGUUGUAUUUUGUGCGCCACUUAAGUAGCGCAGCGUGAGUUAACUCACGCAGCAGUUACUUAAGUCGUUUAUCAGCAAAACAGAGACAAAGUUCCUCAUUUUUCCAACUUCUCCAAACACGAAAUUUUCCCCUCCAAGUGCGAUUUUCACCAUUCUUGUACCAUUCAAAGCCAAUUUCUCCCACAAUAUCAAGUAAGUGAUGAUUACCCUACUUCAGUGCAUUUAACUUGUAGAAAUUUUAGUUUUUUUUUGAAGAAAUAUAACAUUUUUAGGUUUUUAAAAUUUUUGCUUGCAUGUUAGUUUUGAUGAUUGUUAGUGAUGAAUUAACUUAGGAAUUGUUGUUUAGAAGUUGUUUAGAGUACAAUGUGGUAGUUUAGGGUUUACAAAUUGUUAGAUUACCUAGUUGUUUGAAAAUUGCACACUAUGUGUCUGGUAAAAUGUCUCUAUGGUAAUUAUUUUGUUUUUUUGGAUUGUGAAUUAUCAAAUUAGUUAGCAUAUGGUUUGUUAAUUUUGAUUAUAAUAUGUUUGACUCCAAUGUGGUAGUUUACGGAUUGAAAUGACAUUGUUGAAAUUUUAGUAUUGUUGUUGAAUUGUUGAAAAUGACACAAUGUGCGUGUGAAAAUGUAUCAUUAAAUUUGUGUUAUGUUAAAUGUUGUGCAAAUAUGCCUCAAAGGAAUACGUCUCAGAGACCGCCUGAGCCACCUCAGGAUAGGAGUGACAGACUUAGGGCAGGGAGGCCUGCCCCUACUGGUAGUGCACGGAGGGAGAAACAAGCAUUACGUCCUCCUAUGGUUGGUCGAGGGAGAGGUGGGGGGAACGAGACAUUCUAGAGUUGAUGCUGCAGGGGGGGUCAACGUCACAGACGGGUCCAUCCCAGACGGUGAACCCGACACAGUAUCAGCAGGAUUAUCAGGUGUAUGAGCAGGCGCAGGAUCAAGCCUAUCAUUUUCAGGAGCCUCAGUCGUAUCAAUUUGAUGUGUAUCAGUAGCAUCAAUAUGAGGAUCAUCAUGAGCAGCAUGGUAUUGAGCAGGAGCAGCCUGAUAUUGAGGAGCCUCAGCAGCAUGACGAUAUUAAGUAGCCUCAGCAGCAUGAUGGUGGGGCUCGUUUUUAGGGGGUGUCGAGGGUGGUGUACGAGGCCGGACCGGACAGAUAUGCAGGGGGGCCUUCUGAGCUGACGCUUUUACCUCACUUUGGUGGACAUCCGACAUGCAGGGUCUGGGUUGAUGCCGAUUUUCGAAGAAAACAUAGGGUGAAAGGUAUCUCGCACGGGAAAAAGCUGAGCCUUAAAAACUUGACACUGCCUAUGUCGGGGGAACACAAAACGAGUGGUUUUGGUCAGAAGUGAAUAUGUCCGGUCUUACUCUUCUCUUGACUAGUGGGUACGAGAACAUCUCUCACGGGUUUGUUUGUGCGAUGACAGAUAGAUGGCAUGAGGAGACCAGCAACUUCCAUCUACGGGUUGGGGAGAUGACCAUCAUACUAGAUGAUGUGGCGUGUCUCCUGGGCAUCCCCAUGACUGGGAGGCUCCUUCCCGAUAGAAAGUUAACCCGUGAAGAGGGGUUAGAGAUGAUGCAGGCAGGCCUACUUUUUACAGAGGAGGCUGCCGCUAAGGAGAUGACAAGAUAGGGUGCUGCUCACGUCAGUUUUGGUGUACUGAAGAGGCGGUACGAGGAGCUCUUGAAUAGGUGUAACCAGCUGCUUGUGACUGACACACAUGAGGAGCAAGACGAGCGAGCUGAAGUUAGGUUGGCCUGCAUUAAGGCAUUUAUGUUGCUCUUGCUUGGCUGAAUCAUUUUUUCCGGGAAGAACAGCAAAAACAUUAAUCUUCUUUGGCUGCUUGCUCUGCAAGAUAUGGACGAGUUGGAAAGGUGGUCAUGGGGUGGAUGGGACUUGCUUUCCUAUAUGAGCAGCUAUCUCUUACCUCCGACUCAUCUAUGGCCUCAUGUGGUGGUUACAUGACAUUUCUUGUGGGAUGGACUUUGACGCACUUCUCGAACAUCAUUCCGAGGAUUGAUGAUGACGCCUACGACCCUGCUGUUUCUCCGCUUGUGAUUCAAUGGAAACCUCCAAGGGGCUUUUCUAAUCCUGGACACUACAGAUCUGCCAUCGAUUCGUUGGACCAUUCACAUGUCACCUGGAGGCCGUACGAGAGACGACGACACAUCACGCCCUUUCAGGACAUAUGCUGGUACUCCGGAUGGAUCAUGACCGGCAGCGACAGGAUGGUCCAUCACUUGUCAGAGCGGGUUCUUAGGAAGUACGGGUAUGUCCAAACUAUUCUCAGGGCUCCUACAGACAUUGAACUUAUUGCGGCGGAUGACGUGGCCCAGGACUUCACGGAGUUUGCUUUACAUGUCCUCAGCCAUCAGGAUAGGGGGUACAUGAGAUGGUUCAUUAGAGUAUCACAUCCUAUUGUGAACCCCCCUACGACCAUUCCUGACUAUGCAGCUGCUGCCCCUCCUCGUCCUGUCCCUCCUUAUGAGGAGGAUAUUGUUGAGCAGCAGUGGGCCAGACAUCCUCUAGACCCAUACCAGAUCAUCAGCAACAUCAGAGCAAGAGUGGACGGUGCAAUGGGACAUCCUGUUGUGUUUCAUAAUUCAGAGGAGGUUAUGCGCUUGAUGCAGGGCAUACAGUCUGAGUGGAGCAUGCUGGAGCAGGUGCCGGCACCGCGGAGGAGGAGUAGGAAUCCACGGGAUGGACCAGUAUGACUUGUGUAGUUUUUUUUGUUUGACAUUUUGUUGGAUUUGGUUGUAAUCCUAUAACACUUUCGCUUUUUAGCAUUUUUAUGACAUUAUUCGUUAUUUUAUUCCGUUA